AUGGAGGAAAAAGUGCAAGCUGUUCUGAAGCUGUUACAGGAAGAGGGAGACUCGUUCGGAAAGAGAGCAGAAAUGUACUACAAAAGGAGACCGGAGCUGAUCAACUUUGUGGAAGAAUGUUUUCGUGCCUAUCGAUCUUUGGCUGAUCGGUACGAUCACUUAUCAAGAGAUUUGCAAAAUGCCAACAACACCAUAGCUGCUAACUGUCCGGAUAAAGUCACAUACAUUGAUGAAGAUGAAGAUGAUGGUGGAUCACCAAGACCCAAUAAGAAGACCCCACCCGAAGGCUUCAUGCAGGGGAAUAUUCCAAUGCCUCCAACAAAAGAGUUGAAGAAUCUCUUAAAGACGGCAACAAAGAAGCUCAAUCCUACUAAGAAGCCAGCCACAAAAGUUAAAUUCACUCUUCCUCCUAAGAAAUCUGGUUUGACCAAAGACGAGUUAAUUGAGCAGGUUGACAAGCUCCAGAAACAGAUUCUGGCAUUACAAACUGUUAAAGAGUUUCUGAAAAGCUCUUAUGAUAAUUCCGUUGCUAGGUACAAGGACACUGACGAGCAGAUCAAGAAGCUUCAGGAGAAAGUUUCUCAGUUUCAAGAUGAGCUUGGCGGCCAAGGUGUUGCUAUUGAGGACGAGGAAGCUCGCCGUUUGAUGGCAGAAGCUGCUCUUAAAUCCUGCCAAGAGACAUUGGCUCACUUGCAACAGAAACAGGCAGAAUCUCAAGAUGAAACCAGGGUUGAGUCCAAAAGGGUCAAGGAAACCCGGGGGAAGUUGAUGUCUCUGGUGAAUGAGUUACAUGACAAUCCAGAGGAUGCAAAAGAUGAUGCAGAAACAAAGGAGUUGGAAGAAGACGCUGAUAAAAUAAGUCAGCAUCAACAGGAGGUGCAGUUACUACAGGAGAAGAUUAAAGAACACUUUGAGGCUGGCUCUCAUACAACUCUCACUGUGACAGAAAUGGCAGAGAAGAUUGAUGAGCUGGUCAACAAAGUGGUCAGCUUAGAAUCCGCUGUUUCCUCACAGUCAGCUCUUGUAGCGAGAUGGAAAGCACAAACUGAUGAACUUAAUGCUCUUAUUAAAGUUCUUGAAUGUGAUAAGGAAACUAUGAUGAAUGACAAGAUUAAGUUGAAUGAUCAACUGAGAGAAAUGGAAGAAAAGCUGCAUGGAGUACAGAAUCUAAACAGAGUUGUUGAAGACCAGAAUAGCAACCUUGAAACUCAUUUCACGGAAGCACAAUGUAACCUUGACACUCUGUCGGAGAAAGUACAGAAUGUGAAGUCUGAUGAGGAGGAGGAGGAGGUUGAGGCUAAGAAUAUGUCAGCACAAGAAGAGGCAACCCCGGCAGAGAGGGAAUCUCCAUUAGACUCGAAGACUGCUUCGACACAAGCACUAGGAGAUAGCCCAGAUUGGCAGCAGUUGUUCACAAGGGGAUUGGAAGGCAGAGAAAAAGUUUUGCUGACGGAGUAUACCAAUGCUCUUAGGAAUUACAAAGAGGUGAAGAACCAGCUUGCUGAGUUAGAGAAGAAAACUCAAGAUGCUCUCUUUGAUUCAUCUUUGCAGCUUAAAGAACUGAGGGGUGCAAAUGCCAUGAAAGAUGAAGAGAUUAGACUCCUGCGUCAGAAACUAAGUCUCCUGCAGAAAAGCCUAAAGGGAAGCGAGGCUAUGAAAGAUUUACCUCCAGAGCAGACAGCAGAGAUUCAAGCCAUUGAGGAGAUUUUACAAAGAGAACCCACCCUUUCAAGGGGUUAUCCCAUUGAGGAAAUGUUAAAUAUGGAAGAGCCUGAGCCUAUAUCAGCCAUUGAAGAGAAGUUCCGAAUGAGCAUUGAUGAACUUCUGGAGGAGAAUUUAGAUUUCUGGAUGAGAUUCACUGCUACUAUCACUGAGAUACAGAGAUAUCAAACCCAGGUCAAAGACUUGCUGAUUGAGGAAAGAAAACUUGAGGAAAAAUGGAAAUCUUCAGAGGGAAGUAGCAGCACAAGAUACUCUUUGAGAUCAGAUGUACGGCCACUUUACAAACACCUUGCAGCCAUCCGAAUCGAAAUGCAAGCGUGGAUGGAAAGCAUUGUAGGGCUGAAAGAAGAACUUGAUCAGAGAUUCAGGUCCUUGUGUGAUAUGCAGGAAGAAAUACUAACAGCCUUGAAAUCCAGUGCUGAAGAUGAUGAAAUCACGUUCACAAGCUAUCAAGCAGCCAAGUUUCAAGGCGAAUUAUUAAACAUGAAACAAGGGAAUAACAAGAUUUCUGAUGGACUCCAAACAGGUCUUGAUAUCAUAACAACUCUCCAGAUUGAUGUUGAGAAGGUUCUUCUAAAGAUGGUUGAGAAAUUUGGGCUAUCAACUCACAAUAAAAACCAGCCAAUUAAAUCUUCCGAGUCUCAUAACCGGAUUCCUCUCAAGUCAUUUAUCUUUGGCGUCAAACCAAAGAAACAAAAUAAAAACAUCUUCUCAAAAAUGACCCCUGGAAUGCAUAAAAAACACCGUGGUUCAAAAGAUAAGUAG